AUGAUGCAGCAGCCGCAACGCGGCUCUCGAGAUCGUCCAUUAAGAGUUGCGAUUGUCGGUGCCGGCCUAUCUGGCCUGCGGUGUGCAGAUGUACUAUUACAACACGGAUGUCAAGUCACCAUCUUCGAAGCUAGGAAUAGAAUUGGCGGGCGGGUUGCGCAGAGCAAUCACCUUGGCCAUGUGGUAGACUUAGGCGCGAACUGGAUUCAUGGCACCAUAGACAACCCCAUCUACGACAUUGCAAAGCAGUGUGCAACGACGCUGCAUGUUUUGAACGAGGAGCAGGCGAUCAUAGAUCCGGAUGGUCACCAGAUUGACCCCGACGAGGUUGCCGAACACAUCAGUCUGAUCUGGGAUGGCCUGGUCGAAGAUGCAUACAAGUUCAGCAACGAGAACAAGGACUCGAUCGAUCCUCAUCGAAGCUUGUACGACUACUUUGUCGAGAGAUCAACAAACUUGUUUACGGAUCUCCCUCCCGCUAUUGCAGAGAGGAAACGAAGGACUCUCUUGCUCAUAACGGAUAUGUGGGGAGCCUAUGUCGGCAGCCCAGUAACUCGACAGAGUCUCCGAAGCUUCUGGAUGGAGGAGUGUCUGCGAGGCGAGACCUUGUUCGUUGCAGGCACGUUUUCGGAGAUUCUGCAGGAGGUAGCUGCACAUGCGAUGAAACGUGCAAACGUCAGGUUGAACUGUGAGGUGACGGCGAUUACGACCGCAGUAGAUGCUGACCACGAUAACGGUCGUCAGUGCAUUGAAUCCAGUGAUGGCAGUCGAAGCCACUUUGACGCGGUGGUCGUCACUACGCCGCUCGGCUGGCUCAAGCAUAAUCACCAGGGUGUCUUUCGGCCUGCUCUACCAUCACGACUUGCGCAAGCGAUCGAGAAUGUCGACUGGGGCGAACUUGAUAAAGUGUACAUUACCUUCCCGUCAGCGUUCUGGGAGGAUCAGGGGCUCGGUGAUAACAAUUCGUUGCGCAAUGGAGCAGCAUCUGACCUCGGUCAUUCGAGAAGGGCGUGUCCUGGAGGAUCAAUGUACCUGGCCCCAACCUAUACCCCCAACACAAACCCGGAAAGAUGGUAUCAAGAGUGUGUGAACCUCUCUGUGCUUCCCACAGAGUGCGCACAGCCCACGCUGCUGUUCUACACUCAUGGAGAAUGCAGCAAAUACCUUGCGGGACUUGUUUCAGGAGCGAAGACUACGAGCGAGGGGGAUGCGAAAGUGCUCGAGUUCUUCCGACCCUACUACGCCCUCCUCCCCAAUUACGACCCAGCGAACCCCGCGUGCAUACCGAAAGGCGUGUUAGCCACGGCCUGGGCGGCUGACAAGUGGGCGGGCUACGGAUCGUACAGCAACUUCUUGACCGGGGUAGUUCAUGCUGACAAGGACAUUGAAGCCAUGAGACUUGGCUUGCCGGAGAGGGGUGUCUACCUCGCGGGUGAACAUACCGCGCCCUUCCUGGCGUUGGGCACGACGACAGGGGCGUAUUUGAGCGGUCAGAAGGUCGCGGAAAGGAUCCUGCGUGAUUGUAGCGUCGCGUGA